AUGGCUGAUCUCACGUGCCUUAACGAGCCUUCAGUUUUUGACAAUUUAAAGCAGCGUUAUUAUUCUGAAUUAAUUUAUACAUAUUCUGGGUUGUUUUGUGUUGUUAUGAAUCCAUAUAAAAAAUUGCCAAUUUAUUCUGAGGCUGUAAUUGAGUCUUAUAAAGGAAAGAAACGUAAUGAACGUCCACCUCAUGUUUUUGCUAUUGCUGACUGUGCUUAUAGAUCGAUGCUUCAAGAUCAUGAAGACCAAUCAAUUUUGUGUACCGGAGAAUCGGGUGCAGGCAAAACAGAAAAUACUAAAAAAGUAAUUCAAUAUUUGGCUCAUGUUGCUGGGGCUACAAGGCUUGGACAUCAUAAUAAAUUAGUUAAUACCUCAACUUCCAACGGUCUUUUGUGUUCUUCUCCAGCUAGAAGCCAUUCUAGUGUUGAUCAGAUUAAUUUGGUUGGGGAAUUGGAACAACAACUUUUACAGGCAAACCCAAUAUUGGAAGCUUUUGGAAAUAGCAAAACUGUCAAAAAUGAUAAUUCUUCGAGAUUUGGAAAAUUUAUUCGAAUCAAUUUCGAUUUGGCUGGUUAUAUUUCUGGUGCUAAUAUUGAAUUUUAUUUGUUGGAAAAAUCUCGUACAUGUCGUCAAGCAAAUGAUGAGCGUUCAUUUCAUGUAUUUUACCAAUUUUUGCGUGGAACUUCUGCAGAGGAAAAAGGUUUUGGAUUUUUCAAAUUAUUUUUGAAUUAA